AUGGACACUUUGUUCCUGGAGAAGCAGCACCUGGAAGAGCUCAUAUCACACGCUCGGAGUGAGCUCCAUCGGAAACCGACGCAGAGCUCAGGGCGUGUGCCGAUGCAGAAGCCAAGGUGGAGGCAUUGCAGGCGGAGAAGCUGGCUGCGGAGCUCGCAUUCGAAGUUAGUCAAGGAGCUUGAGGCGAGAAUUGACCAGGAACGCACUUCUAAGCUCAAUAUCGAAGACUUGUUACGAAUCACUCAAGCCGACAAACUUCCGCUCGACGGAGCACAUGCGCAAGCUCUCUCCGAUGUCCAGAAGAAGACUGCCGAGGUAAUCGCAGAGCGCGAGCACUAUGCUAGACUGGAGAAGGAACUUCGCACGAUGAAGGGAAAGCACCGAGAGUUGCCUGCGUCGCAGUCAAACAGUCAGACAGAGCUUGAAGCCAAGAUCGCUGCUGAGCAUGAUGCUCGAGUCCAACUCGAGGAAGAAUGCGAGCAUCUCCUGGCGAAGAAGCGGAAUCUCGAGAUUACGCGCUCGAACACCAAGACGGAGCUCCACGAAAAUAUUUCUCUAGCAGCUGCAGAGCACGCUCGCUUGGAAGAGGCACUCGAUAGCAAGGUCGCCGAGGUCGCCGAGGAGUGCAGUGCACGUGCCGAGCAAGAGCAGGCACCAGAUACAGGCCGAGUUGAAAGCGAAGGCUAUUGA